AUGAGUCAAAGCGAGAAGCUCGAGGCCAUCGCCUCCCAGGCCAAGAACAUACCGGGCAUUGAACCGGUCAUUAAAGCUCUGGAAAACUUCACCAAAGACUUCAAGCCAGAGUCGGCCGUGCAGAUCGGCGACAAGUUCCCCAGCUUCAGCCUCACCGACGCCACGGGCAAGCAGGUCUCGAGCGAGGACCUCCUCGCCAAGGGCCCUCUCCUCAUCACCUUCUACCGCGGCCAGUGGUGCCCCUACUGCAACGUCGCCCUUCAGUUCCUGCAGCGCCACCUCGACAAGUUCAGCGCCCGCGGCGUCACCCUCGUAGCCCUGACCCCCGAGCUGCCGGACAAGAGUCUCAGCACGACGGAGAAGAACGAGCUCAAGUUCCCCGUGCUGACCGACCUUGGCAACGGGGUCGCAAGGAAGCUCGGGCUCAUCUACAACCAGUCAGCUGCGAGGGAGUUCUACGCCCAGCAUGGCAUCAACUUGAAGGAGCAUAACGGGGACGACUCGUUCGAGGUGCCGGUUCCCGCGACGCUGCUGGUGGAUAGCUCGGGUAUCGUCCGUCAGAAGUAUGUGGAGCCGGAUUUCCGCAAGAGGAUUGAGCCCAAGCUCGCCCUGGAGUGGAUUGAUUCCCUAUAG